UCAUCAAGUGAAUCUAAAUGUUUAAAAUGUGACGACGAAGGUGACGACUUCGAUGAUCCGGAAUCCAAGCAGAGAAAAUCUGGAGUACUCUACUUUUCUCACAUACCUCCAAAGUUCACACCGUCUAGGCUGCAAGCGUAUUUCGAGAAAUAUGCUCCAAAUAUGAUUGGAAGAGUGUACUGUGCGCGAAAUAAGAACUCAAAAACGAUUGAGAAUCGUUUUUCUGAAGGCUGGCUGGAGGUGAAACGGAAGUGUAUCGCUAAAUCUCUUGCGGUUCGUUUUGACAAUUCCCCUGUAGGAGGGAAGAAGCGAGACUACACAUCUAGCGUUUUGUGGAAUAUAAAAUAUCUCAGCUCCUUCAAGUGGGUACAUCUUAUGGAGCAACUACAGUAUGAACGAACAAUAUCGGCUCAUCGUAUGAAUGCUGAGAUAGCGCAAGCAAGGAGAAUAGCAGCUCAUUUUGAGGAGCAAGUUGACAAGGGAAAGCACCUGAAACGGCUAGAGGAAAAGGCGCUCAAAGCUGGCGGACUUUGGAAUAAGUUCCAGCGUGAGAUUGAGCAGCGGAAGGUGAUAAGAUCUAAGCGAAGGAAGUUGAAAUCGAAGCAAUCUCAUUCAGCUGCCAAGGAUGAAAAUGUGUUGCAAAUGAUUUUUGCGGAGUAA